CAGAGGAUAAGCCCACAGGCAGCGGUUUCACUGUAGGGCAUUCCCAGGACUCAUCACGCGGCAUCACGCUCUACCUGUCCAACAGGUGAGGCCAGCUCACGCGCAGCAGAGGGAGAAGGCUCCAAAACCGAGCGGGGAGGCCACUCUAGGAGGGGGGGUGCGGGAGCAUUCAUGGUCAUCUAUGGGCGAGUGUCUACGGAAAGCUUGCCCAUGUCUGGAAACACUAUGGCAGAGGAUUUUCAGCGACAAGAAGCCUCCUCCUGGAGAAGGAGGAGGGAGUAGUGGUGGUGGUGGGGAAGUAGGAGGGGGGGGCAGCAGCAGUGGCGGUACCGGAGGGUCGAGCCCACCGAGCCCGGCCCCGGACUCUGAGGAGGGGUCUGAGAGCGGCUCCAUUUUCCGGGCGCUGUGGUCGUUUGAGUCUCGGCACCCGGAAGAGCUGUCCUUCCAGGAGGGGGAUCUGUUCAGCGUCAUCAACCGCACGGGGGACUGGUGGACCGCGCGCAGGAUCAACAAGAACGGGCGCGUGCUCGACACCGGGGUCGUGCCCAAAAACUACCUGGACCGGGCCGACUCUCUGCAAACGCAACCGUGGUUUUUCGGGACAAUGAACCGCAUUGAGGCUCAGAGCCACCUGAUGGGAACAGGAAAUGACUCGGGAGCUUUCCUCAUCCGUCACAGCGAGAAAGACCACGUGGGAUACGUUCUGUCAGUGAAGGCGAGCGUUCGGGUGAAGCAUUUCAAGGUGCACACAGCAAAUGAGACUAAUUUCUACAUAGAGCACAACCUCCAGGUCACCUCCCUGAUCGACUUGGUGGAGCACUACUGCGCCAACGAGCUGAACAACACCGGCACGCUUGGAAACCCCUGCAAGAGGAAAAAGCCUCCUACCACAGAUCUGAGUCACUUUACGGUGGACGAGUGGGAGCUCCCGAAAGACGAGUUCACGCUGUUGGAGAUGCUGGGCAGCGGAUACUUCGCUGACGUCUACCGGGGGUGCUGGAAAAACCACAUCAACGUCGCCAUCAAGAUCCUCAAAAGCGACUCUGAGUUGAACCACCGUGAGUUUCAGAGGGAAGUGCAGAUCCUGAAAAGCCUCCGCCAUCGUCACCUCAUCUCUCUGUUUGCCACCUGCACGGCCUCUACUCCGUACUACAUCAUCACCGAGCUGAUGGAGAAAGGCAGCCUGCUCGACUUACUCAGAGGUCCAGAGGGGCGUAAUCAAGACAUUGCGGCCCUCGUUGACAUGGGUGCCCAGGUGGCUGAUGGGAUGUCGUACCUGGAGCAAAAUAACAGCAUCCACAGAGAUUUAGCGGCUCGAAAUGUCCUGGUGGGGGAGGACUACAUCUGUAAGGUGGCCGACUUUGGACUGGCCAGAGUGAUCAAGGAGCCUUUCUACAUCACAGAAGAUAAAAAGAUUCCCUACAAGUGGAGCGCUCCUGAGGCCAUCAGCCACGGGAAGUUCUCCAACAAGUCGGACGUCUGGUCUUUCGGUGUCCUGCUUUAUGAGAUUAUGACACAUGGAGGCACUCCUUACCCAGCCUUUAGCAACCAGGAAGUUUUCGAGCAGGUGUCAAACGGCUACAGGAUGUCGGCGCCGUCCAACUGCCCCAACUCGCUCUAUGAAAUCAUGCUGCAAUGUUGGAGCUUCGAGCCUGAUGACCGGCCGGACUUCAAGACCGUCAAAGCCAAACUGGACAGCAGCUUCUACGAGCUGGAGUGAUUCUUCAGGCUUUUGCUUGAAAGGACAUUGAUUGUGUGUGUGUGUGUGUGUGUGUGUGUGUGUGUGUGUGUGUGUGUGUGUGUGUGUGUGUGUGUGUGUGUGUGUGUGUGUAAACCUACAAAGCCUGAUGUAUUUUAUUCAGUCCACAAGGCCUGCAACUAUUAAUUAUUUCCAUCAUUGAAUAAUCUGAAGUUUUUUUCUUUUUUUUAAGAGCUGAAACAUUUUCAAAAGAAGAACUCUAGUCAUUUUUUAAAGUAAAAAUAAAAUAAAUCUCUUCAGCUUGUACAGUGUGAGCAUUUGAAGUUUUAUCUAGUUGUAUGUAACGAUAUAUUGGAAUAUCUUUAGGUUAUGGUCUACUUGUAGGAUAAAAAAUACAUUACAUUAUGUUCAUUUGGGCUCUAAAGGGACUCUAAACUCAGACUGUGUUGCCAACAGUUUCCAUUAAUUGGUGCCGGAGGAAAUGCAAGUAGAACAAAUGUCUUCAACUAAUAUUUUGAGUCAUGACAACCUCAAAAGCAAUAAAGAGAAAUACACCACAACCUCAAAAGCAGCAGCCUUCAGGAAUAUAAUUUUGCAAGAUCAAAUGUCUCACUUGUUAAACUCUGUCUGCAAUAUAAACCUUUGGCCAGCAAGGGGCAGCGCAGUCACAUCUGAAGAUUGUCUUGCAUUCUUUUCUAAUAAGUGAUGCACAAAUGACUCACAAUUGCUUUCCUACAGAACAAACCCAUCCAGUAUUUCAACAGUUUCUCUCAAAAAUAACCAAAUCUAAGCUGCUAUAAACUGUAAUUGGAUAAGAAGUCACAUUAAUCUACCUUGCCGUCUUAAAGUCACUUCUUGCAUCAGUAACAAAUCAGCACUCCUUGAAACAAGCAAUGAGACCAACGAGUCAUUAUUUUAUUCAAAAAAGUUGCUUAAAGUUGUGUAAUAUGAUUGUAUUUCUUCUUCCUUAAUCUUAGGAAGGCUUAGAGAGUUCCUGAUCUCCAGGUAAAAAUAACUACCAAUAAUAAACUACUUAAUCAACUAUAUUUGAACAUAUCUUUGAUUUAAUGUCCCAUUUUGUAACCAGUUCUUUUAAAUUGUCAUUGAGUGUUUUAUCAUCUAUGUUGCUGAUGAAACGCACUGCAACACCUUCACAUUAUUUUUAGAGUCAGACAUGUAACUGAUUCACUGCAGCAGCAGAAGGACUGUCUGACUUUGGAGUCUUAUCAAACUCCGGCCUAACCAAAACAACUUCUGUGAACGUUUUUCCAGUGAAAUCUGAUGCCACCACAACGUGACUCACUGCAUAGGGUCCUCUGUAGAGGAUACCUUUUGUAUUGUACCUGUCUUUGUGCCAUUUAAUAUGCAAUGACGUUCUGAAUCUAUAACUAAUGUAAAAAUAAUGACUAAGUAUUGAAUAGUGUGUGUUUUUUAUUGCUCACCUUCAGACUAUUAAA